GUGAGAUAUGUAGGAAAAGUAGGGAUUAAUUUAAGCAUAUGCUGUUCAGUUUGGAGUUUAAGCUCUCCUUAAGGUGGGUGACUUCUCUGUAGUCAUCAGGAAGAUGUCUGAAGAGGAGGAAACCUGUUCAGCUGAGGUGUUGGGGACAGGCUGAAAUACUUAAUGAUGAGUAAUUUACUCUAGGGAAAGCUCUUAGUAGCAUGAUUAAAUGUUGACUACCAUGAGAUAUUUUAUGCUAAUAAGUAGAGUGAUGUUAACCAGUUGUUAUGUGAUAUGCCAAACUGCUCUGGCAUUCAUGAUGAGAUGACUGAUUGCAGUGGUACUAUUAGAUUGAUUGGCUGUAUUGCUGACUUAAAAAGUGAGCACUGCAUUAAGGUGCACUGGAUUAUUACGAAGUGUUCUAUCAUAAGUGUAAGUUUUCAAGUUGUACGUGAAAUAUGUAGUUUUAGGCUGUUGAACAAAGAAAGUUAAGUAUUUGUUUCAAUGUUACACAUUAAGUAGCUAAUUAUUUUGAAAUUCUAACAGUUUUUUAUGAGCUGCUGUGCUCAGCAUAUUUUAAAGUGCUCAUUACACACAGGUCUAGAUUUUUUUUAAAGAAAAUAAACAUAUUUGAAAUAAGACCUGUUUUCUAAUCCUGCUGUCAGAUGUAAAAAUGCCUAGAAUAAGCAGAUUGUAUUUCUUCAUCUUGCUUUCCAAUGCAGUGCCUCACAAAAAAGUGUGUGGCCUGAAUGUGUGUGGGUUUUGUUUUUUCUUUUAAUGGAGUUAUGCAAGUUAACAUAGCUUUUAUUGUUGAUUAAUAGCUAAAAUUAUUGGGUGGGGGUAGGAUGGGGAAGGGACUACUAGUGUGCAUUCUUUUAGAGAAAGAAAAUCUUAAGCUCUCUUCCAUCACUUGGGUGCUUUCAGCUUUAUGUUCUGCUCUGUCAUUAGUUUAUAGAAAUGCUGGCAUUCAGCUUGUCAAGAAUUGGACAUAACCGAGGAGCUGAAAAGAAUGUAAACUCUUGUAUAAUGAAAUAUAUAAAACUUUCUUGUCAGCCAAGGAGGAAUAAGUGAAAUAGUGUAUUAGUGCGGUUUUUAAGUAGUUAGAUUUUAGAUUUGUUCUGUAUGAAAUGCUAUUUCUCAAGUGUGCUGUAUAAAGGAAAUGUAGCUUCAGAAUGCCUUCUAUAUUUUUUACUUCAGAACAAGCAAGGAAAUGUCACAGAGAAUGCUUGAGAUGAUAGAAUAAUACAGGCUAGCAGUGUAUGGUGAACAGUAAAAGUAUUCUACAUAUUACAUCAAAUAGUAAAUGUUGUGGGCUGUUAGGAAUCUGAGAGAGAUCUUGUUUUACAUUCAUUGUAAAGGCUUUCCAGGAAUUAAUUCCAAUACCAAACACUACUCAGUGAAGUCACAUUGUUGAUUACCUUUCAUUAUGAAUGGACUAUUUUGAGGUGGGUAGUUGUAGAAAAUUUUGUAGUUACAUAUGGCUGUGUAAAAUGAACAUAAAAACUAGACAGAAUAAGGGGAUCUUGUCUUCAGAAUGCAACCCUCAUGAAUGAAAUGUAAUUAAAACUGUCACCAGAACGUUUGAUGUUAAUUUUUUUUUUUUAAUGUUAAAAGCUACUUGCCCAGUUAGUCAUAGGCUAACCCUAAUAAAACCCAUUAAACUUUCUUUGGGUUUCAGAUCUGUAUUUGUGAAUAUAUCUUUUAUGCUACUGGUGGGAGUAAACCUAUUGUUCCAACAGAAAUUUGGUGAAAAUCUCAGAAACCUAGAAUUUGAGUUUCACUUGCUUUGUGCUAAAAUACCGUCACCACUUUCUUUCCAAACUGAGAUACAGAGAAGAAGCAAAUUCCACUGUGUUUUGGCUGUUCAUAAAUAUUUUUAUAGAAGCUUCUUAUUACUGAGACCUGAAUUUUUUAUGCUGAUGCAUAUGCACAGUGAGUAGAUCAUUCCCACUUCCUUGAAACAUAUUAUUAAGUUGUUUGAAUGGCACAGUUUUGCCCAGCUGUUUUACACUUGGGUGAACAGUUAAAAUGGAUGUCAGUAGGUUUUGAGGUUUUUAUUUGAACUCAAAGAUAGUGACAGCAUAGCUUGGGGUAGGCAGGGCACCUUUUCUACAGUUUGCUUUGCAAAAUCAUCUAUGCAUGCAUGAUAAUCUACUUGUAAAUCAGUUUACAGUAUGCCUUACAGUAUUUUUUUGUUUGUUUGCUUUAAGAGGCCAUGAUGUGAACUGCAGCAAUAUAGCAGCUGAUUCCCGAGUGGUACAGUGUUUGUCUUCUGAAUAAGUUCUAGGUCAAAUGAUUAGUUCUGUGACAAGGCAGCAUGACACUUUGAGUAUGACAGAAGCCCUGAUGCUGCAGGAGAGGCUGGGAAUAUUAAUGGCCAAAUCUAGAGAUCACAUGGUCUUCUAAAGAAGUCAUGGGUAGCUGUUGUAGCUGUCCAGAUAAAGAAACUGUCCCAGAUAACCAUCGAAAUAAGUUUAAGGUUAUUAAUGUCGAUGAUGAUGGUAAUGAACUGGGUUCUGGCAUAAUGGAACUUACAGAUACAGAACUAAUUUUGUACACCCGUAAAAGGGACUCUGUAAAAUGGCACUACCUCUGUCUCCGUCGCUAUGGCUAUGACUCAAAUCUUUUCUCUUUUGAAAGUGGCCGAAGGUGUCAAACUGGACAAGGAAUCUUUGCCUUUAAAUGUGCCCGUGCAGAAGAGCUAUUUAAUAUGUUGCAAGAGAUAAUGCAGAAUAAUAGCAUAAAUGUGGUAGAAGAACCAGUAGUAGAAAGGAAUAAUCAUCAAACUGAGUUGGAAGCUCCAAGAACCCCUCGAACACCUACCACUCCUGGGUUCAAUGCACAAAGUUUACCUAAUGGCUAUCCCAGAUAUCCAUCUUUUGGAGAUGCUUCAUCACAUCCUUCCAGCAGACAUCCUUCUGUCGGAAGUGCACGCCUCCCCUCUGUUGGUGAAGAAUCAACGCAUCCUUUACUUGUAGCAGAGGAGCAAGUGCACACUUACGUCAACACUACUGGGGUACAAGAGGAAAGAAAAAGUCGAUCAAGUGUGCAUGCGCCAUUGGAAUCAAAGCUUUCAAACACUGAAACAGCAAAAGCAAAAGAGGAUCAGAUGUGUACUGAUGACAGAGAUGCUCAGGUUCUCCUGGAGCCUGAAGGAGUCAAGUUUGUUUUAGGACCAACACCUGUUCAAAGACAAUUAAUGGAAAGAGAGAAACUGGAGCAACUUGGGAGAGACCAAGUUAGUGGCAGCAGCACAAACAAUACUGAAUGGGACACUGGGUAUGACAGUGAUGAACGCAGAGAAACGCCAUCUGGUAGUAAAUUGGUGUAUGAAAACAUAAAUAGGUUAUCAAUCCCUAGUGCCUCAGGGGUCAGGAGAGGUCGUUUGACAUCAACCAGUACCUCAGACACCCAGAAUGUUAACAACUCUGCUCAGAGGAGAACUGCGCUGUUGAACUAUGAGAACUUGCCAUCCUUGCCUCCUGUUUGGGAAGCCCGCAAGCUGAGUAGAGAUGAAGAUGACAGUUUAGGACCAAAGACCCCAUCUCUAAAUGGCUACCACAAUAACCUAGAUCCAAUGCAUAAUUAUGUCAAUACAGAGAAUGUAACAGUACCAGCAAGUGCUCAUAAAGUAGAAUUUACACGACGUCGGGACUGUACCCCAACAGUCUUUAACUUUGACAUUAGGCGUCCAAGUUUAGAACACAGGCAGCUCAACUACAUACAGGUUGACUUGGAAGGUGGUAGUGACUCCGACAACCCUCAGACUCCAAAAACCCCCACCACUCCACUUCCGCAAACUCCAACCAGGCGCACAGAGCUGUAUGCUGUGAUAGACAUUGAAAGAACUGCUGCUAUGUCAAGCUUGCAAAAAGCACUGCCCCGAGAUGAUGGUACUUCUAGGAAAACUAGACAUAACAGUACUGACCUGCCUAUGUGAGCCUGGGAAGCAUUAAAUCAUUUGCACCUUUUGUGAAGUUUAUAGAAUUGAAGAUGCAAGUAUUUUGCAUUUCUUAACACUAACGCCUUUUAUAGACUAAUAGAACUUUUUCUGCCUACUUCAUGUACUUGUUUAACUAAAGGGAAUUAAUGUAGAGCAAGUAUUCAUUUAGGUAACACUAUUUCAUUCUACAGUAGUAGUAAUUACUGCAUAGCAGCAUCACCACCUUUCACAGUGCCUCUUUAAAUUGAUUAGACUCCGAGUGACAUGCCAGUUUUGAAUUUAUAAAUAUUCUGGUCUGGUGCCUAUACUCGUUAAUGACAUUUAUAACACUUUUUAAAGCCUCUUUGAUAUGUGCAUUACUAGCAGGUAAACCUAAUCUUUCAAAAUACAUAUCUUGUGUUCAUUCCUCAUUGAAGUGGCUCCUCCAGAAUGAAAUGUAUGUUAAUGCAUUAACUCACUCAGUUUGACGUUCACAAGAUAUAUUGGUUCAUCUCAAAGGGUAUAAACACCACACCUUUUUUUGUCUUUUUUGUUUUUUUUUUUUUUUAUUAGACCACAUAGACAAGAAGGCCUCUAAUUCUGAAGUUUUCUUAACUUGUGUGAUAUUUGAGAGGUUACAUCAAAGUUAGUUGAUCAGAGCUAUGAACACAUCUAAACCCAGCCUUAAGCUCCUUCUGCUAGAAGAGAAUUCACAGUGGUAUAUCAAGUUCCCUGUGAAACCUGACAACUUUAAUCUCAUUAGAGUUUGUUUGGGGUUCUUUGUGAACAUAUUUGCUAUAUGAAUUAAGGCUCUCUUGUCAUUUCUUAGUUCAGUGUGCCUUCCUUCCUUUGCAUUUGUGUGUUUCUUUUUUACCUGUUCCGUAAUGUCUUGUUUUUGAAGGUCAACAUUUUGUACAUAGCUUUAAUUAUUGUUCAGGGUCAUUAUGUGUUUGUCUUACUCUCUGCAUUUGACAAAGAAAGACUCUUGAAGGUCAGAUGGUUGUCUUUGUCCAGUGUUCUACGUUUUUAUGCCUGACAGAGAUAUCCCAGUUCUCCAGCAACAUGCAUGAUUGCACAACUGGAAAGGUUUAUUAUGCAGUUAUUGUCUUCCUCUAACGCAUCAGUCACAGGUUACACGGGAGGCAGGGUACUGGACUUGAUAGUUCUUUAUAGAAAAUUGUACAUCCUAGCAGUGUGCAUCCAUAGUUGAUAGUAUAAUUUAGAAAGAUAUGUAGUGAAUUAUCUGAGGGUAGUAUUAUCUACGAGCAUACUUCUUUUCCUUUUGCAGUUGGUGAACUUGGUUUCAGUGAUGGCUGCUUAGUGUAACAGGUACAUCCAGGUAGAAUGUUGUUUGUUGAAUAUGCCAGAUGCACCCUUAGCAGAAGUUCUUUGUUUUGUUGUUUUUCUAAUACUCUGAAUAAUGUUAGAAUUCUGGCAGUAUUGCAGGUGCACCUUGGUACUAGCAGCAGAGGAGAUUAAUCUUGAGCCUGUGAUUGCAAAGGAAAUGACACUUCUGUGAACUGGUGUGAUAUAAAAUAACCCUUAAACUGUGAGUGAGAAAAACAUGCAAGAAAAGCCAUUUGGAGAUAUGUAAAAUAAUUAAGGUUCUUCAUGCAAUAUUUGAAUUCAAGUUUUGUAACAAACAAACUACGAUUAUUUUCUGUCUUUUAAAUUGGAGUGUGUUCCCUGUUCCUUUGUUAACUUUUUCUUUGGUCUUCUCUCACUUUACUAGUGGCAGCACUAAUAGCACCUGAAACACGUGUCUUGUCACACCAUUAACGGAUACCAGGCAACCUUUACACUCUGACUGUCAUUGUUUUUUACAGACUGUAUGGUACUGAAAUACCAGAUGCACAAAGAAAAUAAUUUGCAGAAGUAAAAUAUGGGAGUCAUUGAGAUCAUUGUGAGGAACUUAAAUAAGAUUUAAAAAAAACCACUUUGUUAAUAAUUUCAUGGUCAACCCAUGCAUGCUCUUGUGAUAGACGUGUUGACUUGUGGGGAGACCUUGGUACUCAAGAAGGUCUGGAGUGAAACAUUUUACAGGUCUGCAGUGCUAGUGCUCCUUCUCAUCUUUGCCAUUGCCUCACCCUAUGCUAUGGACCAGUCUUGGUCUAUACGGAAGAGAAAUUACCAGAUAUUGCAAAAUAAGUAGUAGGUUAAUGAUACUGGUGUAAUUCUGGCUCUUAGCUUGGAGCUCACUUUAAUUUGUGAACUGAACUAAUGCUUCAGCAUGUGUUUAGAGGCAAGUGUGUUUGAUCUAACCAGCUGCCUAGAAAUACUUGGUUCUCAUCUGUAUGGUGUGGGUGUUUCAGAAAUACUAAUUAAUUGGACCUGUGAAUAAACACACCCUUGAGGCAGGGAGACAGUAUUCUUAGUUGACAAAUAGGGGAACAGAGACUUCAGGUAGAUCCUGAGUGACCUGUUGCAAUUACAGCCACCAACCACGUCCCUCCUUAGUUCUCGUGUGCUGGCCUAUGUCUAUUCUGGUCUCAGAUACAAGGGAUGCUCAGAGUAUUUUUUUUUAAUGUUGCAAGUUUCACAGUACUUUAUAGGGGUUGUUUUCUUAGCUCUGGUCCCCAGAAUUGAGAAAUUUCAACUUUCUGUAACCUUAACUAUAUUAACAAGUCUGACAUAUUUGCCAGGACUAUUUUUUUUACCCUCUUAAAUUUUUCAGGUGGGAUAAUGCUUUCUUGUUUUGUGUGCACUGCAGACAUACUGGGUAGUCCCCAUUACCCAUGCUGCUCAUUUAUAGCAGUCCUUAUUUUCUUCCCCUUGAAGUAGAUAUAGUUGCAAUGCACUUUACCCUUUGAGACUUAGUAAAUAGUUUUUCAAUUCAGUCUCUUCAAGGCUGUGAUGUUAGGUUUAGUGUCUGUAAUCUAGGAUUCAGUUUUCAGCUGAAAUCUCUCCACAGUAUUUAGGUCAUAUUUAUUUUGGGCCCACAGGUGUGUAGACUGAGAAACUACAAAUAUGUAACCAUUUUCUGUAGUAACCAAGCCAUGUUAAGUUUACAUAAACUAGAUCCUGCAAAAACGGCAACAUCUCCAUCAGUUAUAAUUUCCAUCCAUAACAUGCAGUUGGCCGCUACCCUUUAAGCACAUUGGACAAGGGAAAGCCUUUAACUGUAGGUAUUCCUUUAAUGCAGUGAUUUGGGAAAGACAUACAUUAGAGUAUCUCUUAAACAAAGAAAAAACUGAGUUGACAAAGAUGAAACAGUGACCAAAAGUACAUAAUAAAGAUUGUAUUAGAAAUACAGUUAGUGAGAAUUUAAUCCAUUGAUUAUGUCAGGAAAGUAUUUUUUUCCCAAAUUGAUGUCAAGAGAAGGACCAGUUUUUAAAAAUUUUGUGGUGUUUCUUGGUGAUUCCAUAAAAAAAUAUAAACCAGACCAUUCUGAAAACCUUAAUUCUCAUUAGAACAGGUUUUGUUUCCUUGGAUAAGUAAGUUUCCAAGGGAAAGCACUAAUCCCGUUCCUACUAAAAGUCUACAGAAAUCUUAUAGAAAUGUUAAGUGUUCAAAAAUACCUUUCAUAUCAUAAACUGCUUAAUUUCCCUUCUCCCUGAGAUGUUUGGAUAUUUGUGUGUUUUACCCCUCUGACCAGGAUUUGGGUGUAAAAAGGGCCACAAAAAGGUGCAAACUGUAUGGAGUCUGAGCCAGUGUCAAAAAAGGGCUGCUCUUCUGUAGGUGACAGACCAGCAGUUGAUUUUGCUGGUUUUAUAACUGUGUGUAUUGACUCAAAAUCUGGCUGUCCUUGCUUUUGUUUUAUACUUAACCACUUCUCAUUGAGACAGGAUCAGGAGAGAGCAGAUUGUCUUUACUCACUGUUGGUGAUGCAAAAAUGCGAGUUCUGAUUAAUGUCAGUUACUUCUUUAAGCGUGUAAUGAUGUAUCUGAUUUGGACCUCUAUUUCUAAACAGUAUUUUACAUGUAAGGUGGGAUCAGUGGUGAAAUUCCAUUUCUACACUGUACUAAUUUAUUUAAUGGCUACAAAUAAGAUGAAGCUGAUUUAGUAGGAACUAAUUGUGGACUUAAAUCUGAAUUUCUCCCAUUUCCCCUGAAGAAGUUCGGUUCUUCAGUGAUAGAUAGAAUUAGGUAUUUUUGGAAUUUAGUACGAUCUUUCCCAUCUUUUCCCUGAGGUAGCAAUUCAGGCAUUUAUAUUUGACAGUAUUUACUUAAUAUAAACGUAAGUUCAUUUAUGAUGUCUUUAUUUUAAAUUCAUAUACACUCCAAAAAAAGUCAGAAGAAAUUCCACCACAAAAAACUGCGUUAAGAUGGAGUCAAGGUUCCUGAUGUCCUUCUUGUAGAGCAUAUACAAAAAAGAUGGGAAAGUCACCAGUUAAGUCACCAGUUAAGGUUCUUUUCGCAAUCUUUAGGAAUUACUUCCUCUUCAGGACAAGAUAAGUGAAUAAGGAGGAAAAAACCCCUCAGCUUAGCAGCUGUAACUCUGACCAUGUAUACAUUAUGUCUUGUGAUACCAUGCUGUAAGGUAUGUGACUAAGUCUUUCAGAUGUCUUAUUAGGAUAUUAGCCAUUAAAACAUGGUGUUUACUCCAGAUUAACGCGGUGUUUUGUUUUGAAAUAUGUAGGUGUACAGAUAGAAUAUGAGAGAUGAAGUUACCUUCAAAGUUGAUGAAACAAGUGUUGGACAUUUCUAUAUUUUUAGAUACUACAACGGGCAUUUUGAAAAUUUUCUUGCAGUUUUAAUAAUUAUUUAGUGUGGUUACAUACAUAUAUUGUGACAAUGUUUUCUGCUAUAUCCAUUACUUUGGUGUAAUUCUACUUUAUGUAGCGAAUAUGUGUAUAUACAAAGGAGUUUAUGUAAAAAAGAUGAUUAAGAAAUAGGCUCAAGCCCUUCAGAACAGGGACUGUCUUCCUCUGUGUCUGCAAAGUACUUCAUGCCUUGGUGUCACAGCCACAGCUCACAUCUGAGACCCCUGGUGACCUAAUUGCCAAGCAGUGAGUGUGGAGGAGCGGCUCUUCUGCCUUCCACGAGAAGCCUUGGUACAAAAGGUGCCGUGAAACUCACCUUGCCGCACACUGGGGCUGUGCUGUACGUGGUCAUGCCCAACACCACCUGCCAACCAGAAUGCCCAGAGUCCAUGUCUCUGCUUCAGUCCUUCCCUUUGGCAGUAGGAAAGGAAGUCUGAGGUAGGAGCUUUGAUGUCAUCAGGGAAUCUUCCUUGUUUGCAGGGUAAUCCUUCUGGAGCUUGGUCAGGCCUCAUGCAGUGUCCUUUGAAGCCAAACACGUGAUUUGCAUUGACUUCAAGGGCCACUGGACGUGCUCCUGCAAGAUCAAGUUGUGCUGACGUAACAGCUCUGUUACACCUGAAGACCUGGUUGGUCAAGUUCUUCAGGAAAGGUCUAAAAAUACUGUAAAAAUAUAAAUAUAUUUAAUAACAAGUACUGAAAAAAAAAUCCUAUUUGUUGUGGUCAGAGUUCAGAUUAUUAUGUGAAUGUUGAUUUCUUAGUCAUACUUGCAUAUAUAUUGCUUUAACUAUUAUGUAUGAAAGAGGAAGUGAUUCUGAAGUGCGUGAAAGAUCAGGAUUACACCUGUUUUGUAAUGGUUGUAUUAGUUAGGAAUGGAUGUCAGCACAUCUAACUCCAUAUUAAUGCAGUUUUUUUGCAUUAGAAUGUGUAUGUCAUACACCCACAUUUUAUAUAUAAUAUGUUAUAUGUUUGGUACUAACUUUGUAUUUUUCCUGAAAUUUUGCCAAAUCUCAAACACAGGUGUUCUCACUUGUAACACUUUGGUACUUAAUAACUGAAUGUAUAAGAAAUGCUCUGGUAUGAAAGGAAAGAGUGUUGUCUGGUGUCCCGCAAUACAGAUGUCUGAACCAGCAGGCCUGUUGCCUUUUUCGCAUCUCGCUUUGCUGCAAUGUCAUCACCUUUCACCUCCUGACAAACAGGCUGUGUUUUAAACUCAACUGCAGACCUGCCAUUACAGUUGGAUACUGCGCUCGCACAAAAGCUGACUGGUAGUAGUGAGAAUACAAUAGUCACCAGCGUGCCACAAAUGCAUUUAUUAAAUGCAGAAAUAGACACUUCUACAAAGGCCAAAAUCUUAUGUUGUAUGUUCUUUUCUUGUCAUUACAUUGUAUGAUAUUGUAAGAUUAUUGUAUGUCCUAAUUUGCAUUAUAAAAUGUUUUUUCCUACUUAAAGGCAUAAAUAUAGCAACUUUGUAUAAAGGUAGCUUUCUAGAUUUUUAUUUCUUUUAUAUAAAAAAGUCUAAACAGUGGGAGUACCAUUGCCAAAUUGUUUAUAAAAUUUCAAUUAACUUGCCCUGUUCAGUGAAUUUGCUUUUACAAACAUUCCGUAUUUCUUUUAUGAAAAAAGUAAUAUUAUACUAUGCAGAAAAGAGUGUAUUUUUAUGCCAUUCCACAUUUAUCUUAAAAAGAAAUUAAUUUCACUUGUCUGAAGCUGUCAUUACUGAGGAAGCUUACCAAAUGCACAUUUUUACAUGUAUCUGUAUUAUGACAACAUUUUCCCCUUUACCAGUGCCAACUUCAUUUGGAAAAAAAAGAAAAAAGGUAGCAUGGCAAUAAACUAUUGAUUUU